AGACAUCAAAUUGCCGAGGGCCUGGGUUGAAAGUUUUAGAGGUGUUCCCGUUGAAGAUUUUGAUAAUAAACUGAAGGCGUUAGAAGCGUCAGGAUGGGUCGGUCUGAACGAUGGUUAUGGGAGCUGGUUUGGUGAUGACGCUAACAGUAUGUCAACUCUGCUCAAAGGAUCUGGUACAGGCGGUCACAAGCGAGGUGUUGAUGAGGUGGAUGGAUACAAGAAGGGUCAUAACAGAAUGGCGAGCACUUAUCUUACUUCUGAAGAGAUCUUUGGUACCACGAAGACUACCACAUCGGCCUCGGCAGGAGACCGCGCUGACAAGAAACGAGAUUAUGAGUACGGGUCGGUUAUAAGUGCUAAAUACG